CUUGGGCCGCAACUCGCCAACUUCAAUCGGCUAAAAAUAGCAAUAUAAAGCAGUGGCGGCGGCGCUGGGCGGCAGUGCAUCUCCGCCACCAGUGGUGGUCCAGCGGUCAAGGUCGAGCACCUGACCAGAGCAGCCGACUCUUCGCCAGUUGUGCCAUUGACUUCAGAACGUGUGCAUCGACUGAAGACUGCGAGGAUACGCAGACACUGGCACCAAGGAAAUUUUGCACCACCGGGAUGUGGCGACUGCUCCUCCUAGCUUUACUGGCAGCAGCUGAUGACACUGUCGACAAGGAUGGGGAAAGUUCGAGGAAAAUUUUAGGAUCUAGCGUCGUCACGUCGGUUUCCGUCAUCAUGGACGCUGGAAACGGCUCGAAAAUUUACGCCGACGCUGUUGGUAGACCUGUUUCUAAGCCUCAAGCCGCUGGCGAUGUAGCAAGUCCCAUAGAUCUCCUCAAUCCUGACCGUUACGAGUUUUACACUUUUGACGAUACGGGUGAUCUUGUCAAGAGGUUGAUGACUCUAGAGGAGAUUCACGAUAUUAUAGCAACCGGGGAUGACGAAGGGCUCACUUUGGACGCUUUUACCGGGAAUGGGUUCAUUCCAGAGAAAAGGGUCAACGACGUGGUGAACAACGUCCAGAAUGUGCUCAAAGAAGAGAUCAAAAUGCACAAGAACCCGGAUAAAAAUCAGUUCGAUACGCCAGAUGUUUCGGAUUCUUGGAGCAUGAUUCUACCGGCUGUUUUUGGGAAUUCGGGUGAAGAUAUAAAGCCGGAGGCACCCAUUAUCCAUGUGACGCCGGAUACCAUCAUGGUUGAACCAGAAAUUAAUGUGAUGGCGACGACUGAGCAGAUAUCGACAACCGAGAAGGUUAUGACGUUGCAAACUAAGAAGACCACGCCGAGAUCUACUACGACCACGACGGAGAGAACGCCGAUGAUUAAUGUCGAAAUUAUAACCAACUCGAAUUCUACCACGGAAAAGACUAAUAAUGAGGGUGAGGAAGAAGGGCAAGUUGUGGAAAUCAAGCCACAUAAUGAUGACGAUUUGACCAAGGAAAGUGUGGCUCCACUUCAGGUUUCUAAAACUACCAAGCGACCAUACCCUGUGAAAGUUACUACGUUUAGACCAACAAAGAAGCCUAUUAUUAGUUCGACGUCUACGACUCCCAGAUCAAUUUCGACAACGACAACUAAACCUUCGACUACUCCAAGCUCCACGACAACAUCUACCACUACAACUACAAGACCAACCACAACAUCUACUACUCCUAGACCAACAACAACGACAUCUACAACACCACGAUCUGUACCAACAACAACAACAACAACCACAACAUCUACAACUCCAAUAACAUCUACUACAACAAGAGCAACAUCCACAACGACACAGAUUACCACCUUGAAGUCCAAUCAAGUGAUUGAAGAUACCUUAGGUCAAUCCUCCACUGUAAUAUUUGAAAAAGUGGCUCCACCUCAACCCUCCACAACAACUGAGCAAAUAACCACAUCUCAAGCGCCUCCAAUUCCAGAAAUUGUAACAUCUACACCUACAACUACCUCCACUGAAACUCCUACAACUACGACAGAAAUACCUUCUACAACCACCCUCCCAGAAUCUACAACGACGGAAAUUUUCACUACAACCGAGGAACCUAAAUUAACAUCUUUCGUAACACUAUCAAAAAUAGUACCCGUCACAACAACAACAACUCCAACUACCUCUACCUUUGCUCCUCUGAGCACCUUCUUCGUCGUAUCAGACAACAAACAAAAUGAAUCUCCACAAAAUGACAUCACCGAUGACCUCAAUACUUUGAGUACUGAAUACGUCACCUCCAGUAAACUCCCAACCAACUUCAGUACUACCACAGAGUCACAAUCGACUGACAAAGCGUCAACGGCUCUAGAUCAACUCCUUUUGACUUCCACCAACAUCUACGAAAUUAACUCUGAAUUGUCAGAAGUGCGUGUUACGACUGACAAUGUCGAUGAAAGUACCACCAGCACUGAAGACAAAACUACGGAGAAAUUUUUAAUAAGAGUAACUAAUCCGACUGAGGCACCCAUGACUACCACCACAGACCAGACGUUUAUAGAAGCAAUUGAACAACUGAUGUCACAGGCCGUUGGUACCCCAGCACCACCCAUAGAAUCCGAAAAGGAAGCCAUGCUGGUCCAAGACAUGAUGAUGAACUCUGGUAAUAAAACAAUGCCAGAAGUGAUGUCCGAAGCGGCCACAAUUGCGUCUAAAUUAGUGGGAAUUGGUGAAGAAAGUACCACGGUACCACCUACAACCUUUGAUGAUUUAGGCUUGUUGAGUGACUCUGUUGGCUCUCUUUUAUCACAGGUUUAUGGACAAGGGUCCACCACGAUGGAAUAUGACACACCAAGUACGACUAUGGAAAGUACCACAGAAGCAAUUACAACCACCACGCCAGGAACUACCACGACGACAACAGAGGCCUUUGUGCCCCACAUUAUCAAUAUAACUAUAAUUAGAAACGAAAACCGAACCCAACCUAAACCUGCCAAGUCUGAUUUAAGUUUAGAAAAAGAGUACGAAAAUCUGUACAACGAAAUGAAAAAGAAUUCGAGUUUGGGGUCGAUGGUACAGAAUGACGAAGUUUUGAAAACUGAAGCGACGAGUUUUAAUCAAAAGGAAGACACCACGGAGAUGAUGGUAGACACUACCACUGAGCAAAUUACUACCACGGAACUUCCAAGUUCAACUACAACGAGUAGUACCACGAAGUCGUCUACAACUGUCGAUCUUAAACCUUCAAUUGUCAUCACCAUCAAUGAAAAUAAAACUGAACCGGAUAACACUAAAUGGAUGUUAGUUUCGACUUUAGCUCCUCACAGUGAUGUCCAAGUCCAACCUACAGAGGAAGCUCCUUCGCACCAGAUAGCCAGUAUUGUAGAUCCUCCAUCACCUGUAGAUUUAGUACCUAAGCCUCUUCAAGGGUUCGGUUUAGAAGAUAGUACCGCUAAACUUGACACCGACAUCUACCAAUUCGUACAAUUGUGUAACGAACUAGCUUUCGGAUUUUGGAAAUCUGUGACCACUGGAAUUAGUGCAGCCCGAAGUGUGAUUGUAUCACCAUUCGCAGCUACCUCUCUUCUAGCCAUGGUGUUCUUAGGAGCCCGAGGAGCCACCUCUGGCGAAAUGAACGAAAUUCUGAAACUAGACGACAUGGUCACUUUUAACCCUCACUUGAUUUUCAAAAACGUUUCAGAAUCGAUUGAAGCCAACCCCGACUCAGGGGUAGCUAUUUCUUCAAUCAUUCGAGAACUGUUUAGUGAUAGAAGCAAGGGGAAACUGUUAGGGUUCUACAAGGAGAGAGUGAGACAGUUUUAUGACGGGCAUGUAGAAGAGGCCAGUUUUAAGGAAAUCGGGGACAUAAUCAGAAGGCGGACGAACCUUCUGGUAAAGAAGAACACAGAUGGAAAAAUCAUGGAAUUCUUGAAGGAGAGCACCAUCAUUCCGAAGCCACCUUUAGCGGGAGUUAGCGUUAGCAUUUUCGAGACCGACUGCUCGCAGGGCUCCUCCGAGGGCCGCGACGGCGAGCUGCACUUCGUCGUUCUACCCUCCCUCCGCCAGCGCCGCCUCAUCCCCAUCCCCGCCACCGUCUACCGCUCGGGCUUCCUCGCCGGCUACGAGCCCAGCCUAGACGCCACCGCCGCCGCCCUCGGCACUAAGGACCAAGUUGUCAGCACCAUCUUCAUAAUCCCCGGUCAGCAAGGCAGCUCCGCCCCCGGCGACGGUCUAGCCCGCCUCGAGAAGCGCCUCGUCGAGAGCUCGUUCAAAAAGGGGGCGUGGUCGCGCCUCCUCCGCUCGCUCAUUCCCCGCCCCGGCCUCGAGCUGCAACUGCCUCGCUUCCAGCACCGCUCCCUCAUCAACGCCACUCAGUCGCUCAAGCGCAUGGGCCUGCACGAGCUGUUCGACGCCCACAAGGCGGACCUCAAGGGGCUCAACGGCGCCGCCCACGAGCUGCACUUGUCGGAGGUGCUGCAGGUCAACGAGUUCGCCACGUGCGGGGAGCGGCGCAUCGGGGAGGCGCACCACAGGGAGGUGUACCCGGCCACGGUGGAGCGCAGGAGUAGGCUGCUGCUGGAGGAGUGGGAGGAGCCGCGGGACUACCAGAGGGCGUUCCACGACCCCCUCCAUGAUCCGAGCCUGCUGGAGCUGCCGCUGGCGCUGCGACCCAGACAAGCGCGGCUGCCGGAAGCCCCGCGUCUGCGUUUCGACAGGCCGUUUUUGUACUUCGUCAGGCACAACCCGAGCGGGCUUAUAUUGCACAUGGGGAGAUUUCAUCCUAGAUUACUGCCAUAAUUUAUCUUGACUAGGUUAGAUUGUCAAAUUUUUCCUGUACAUAGAUGUAGAUUUGAAAUGUAACUAUCACUGACUGAGACACUCGACACGGAUAGUUACAUGUCGAACAUGUAUUUUUAAUUUAUUGUAAAUUCAUUUCAUCUUAUGCAUGGUAGGUGACUACAGAGGUGCGUCAUUUUUAAAUUAUUAUAGUUAGUUGUGCAAUUUUGUAUUAUUAAUGUAAUAAUGAACCACAAAUAAAGAAUCUUAGAUCGUUC